AUGGCAUCGUUCGAUAAAGAAUUCCGACUAGUGGUGCUCGGAGCCCAAGGGGUUGGAAAAUCUUCGAUAAUCGAAUGCUUCUGUACGAAUUACGAUGAAGAUGGCAAAGGCAAUACAGUCCUUCACUUGGAUGACGAAAAGAUAAGAAUUUCUGUACAAGAAAGUGAGAAGUGGGAAAGCAGCUAUUUCACUAAGUUUGAUGGAGUGGUGGUCAUCUAUUCUACUGAUAGCUUCGACACCUUCGAAUACUGCAUUGACCUUAUAAAAUCCAUUCGAACGGAAGAUUACAUUCCAAUUGUUGUAAUUGAAAACAAAAUUGAUUUGUUAGAUCACACUGAAAUAGAAAAGAGACAAGUGGAAGCAUUCCUAGGAGAACUACAUCUAAGGCUGUAUCGUUCAUCAGCCGCCAAAGAUUUUAAUAUAAUGCAUCCAUUCGCAUACGUUUUGGAAAAACUAACGAGAAGCAAAGAUGAAAAUUGGAACACUACCAAGAAAUCUCCAGUUGAACGAAUAAGGCUUCCAUCCAGAGAAGGUUGGGGAGAUGAGCCGAAAGCAUCAAAAAAGGAAAAGUGUUCGGUUAUGUAA